AUGAAUUUCCUUGUCCAAGAUUGGGGAAACAGCGAAUGGUCUCCAUCUAUGUACCAGGAAGCAGGUUUUCCAGCCAUGGACGUAUCUAGAGAAGAAUCAAUCUACCGAGCUCGAGAUAUGCAGCCCUAUAUGAGAUUUUCGGAAGACUGCAGCAUCAUUGAUGCACCCCACGCUUGGCGAAUGAGCCACGCGGAUUAUUUUGGAAGAAACUAUUACCCACAUCAACGACCGCAUGGACUUGAGAUACCCAAAGGAAACGCAUUGGGCGAACACUGGACAUCAACAGAGCAAGACACCAGCUGUUCAGGAGGUGACUCAUGGACUCCCCACACCAGUGACAGUCGGUCCGAAGCAGAUGGAACUUACAACAAUCAGCUGCCUCCGUGGAACGAAGACAGUCAUGGAGUCAGCAUAUGUUUUGAUCACGUCGGCGGAUCACCUUACCUCAAUGGCUAUAGUGUUUCGCCUCAGGAACUCCAGCAGUAUCCUGACAGUUGUGGCGAGGACAAUUGCGCAAAGCCAGAACUCCACAGUAAAAAGACUGGCCACACGUACUAUCUCGAGAACAUUGGGUUACGCACACCUGAUCAAGAGUCCAUCGAUUAUGUUCCAGACGACGAACCCAUGGGCGCACCCGCUCAAAAGUGCACCAGCAUAGCCUCAGUCAAGGAUGAGGAUGACGAAAGCAUGGACGACGACGCAGAACAUGACGACGACGACGAAUACAUUCCCGCAACCGCAGGUCACGUUCACGGACGUGGUGUUGCUCGAGGUUCUUUCGCCGCUAGGAAGCCUGGACUGGCAUCCAAGCGCUCUCAAAGGUCCAAGGGCCCGGUUUUUCCCGCCCAAAUCCCCAACAAGGUCGCGAAGAAAACUGCCAAAACCCAAGUUCCGUCUCCCACAUCCACCCGGAACCACACGCCUUGCACUCAAUGUCCAUUACUGUUCCCGUCCGAUUCCACGCUCAAGAAGCACGUCUUGUCCACGCACACUCGCCCCUUCAUCUGCACCUUCCAACGGUACGGCUGCAACGCCACUGUCGGCAGCAAGAACGAAUGGAAGCGGCACAUCAACGUCCAGCAUCUUCACCUCGAGACGUGGAGAUGUGACCUCGGUACCUGCGCAUCCCCCAUCACCACCGCAAACGGCGCCGCCGGUCCAGAGAAGCACAAAAACUGCACGCCCUCGUCCGCCGUCUCGCCGUCGCUUGGGAAGAAGGCCAACGCCAACGAGUUGCAGUAUCAUGACUUCGACCGCAAAGACCUUUUCACACAACACGUGAAGCGCAUGCAUGCGCCUCUUGCCCCCGCUUCACAUGCUGAGAACGCGGCUUUCGAAGGCAGCAUUUCCGGGACUCAGGACCGCUGCCACCGACAGCUGAGGAGACCCCCACCGCGGAGCAGGUGUCCUUACUGCCCGGAUAAGGUCUUCGACGGCGCCGGCAGCUGGACCGACCGGCUCGAACACGUAGGCAAGCAUCUUGAGAAGAAUGACAUGAACAAGGAAAAGGAGAUAGAGGAUGAAGAGCUAAGAGAUUGGAUGAUGCAGCAACGUUUUAUGGAAUGGCAGGCGCACACGGGAUAUAAGGUCAACAACACUGAGGGCAAGAAGAAGAGAAACAAGAGCAUGGUGAUGACGAGUGAGGGUGAAGAGGAUGCGGAAGGCGAGGAAGAAGAUGUUUAG